AGCCCCGGUCACAGUCCUGGUCACGGUCCUGGUCCCGGUGCUGGUACUAGUCCUGGUCCCGGUUCCCUGUCUGUCCCGGACACCGCCGGCCCCUCAGAACCCUCUGCGGCCUGCAGGGGGCGCUCGGGAGCAGGCACCGCACAGGACACGGGCCGUUUGCGGAGCCCCGACCCGCUCAGCCCCGCAGCCACAGCCGGUUCUGCCCGAAUGGAGAUGGCCCAGCCGCUGGAGGUCUACCUGGACCUGAUGUCGCAGCCCUGCCGGGCCGUGCACAUCCUGCUCGCCUGCACCGGGAUCCCGCACCGGGUCCGGACCGUGGCACUGCGGAAAGGGGAACAGCGAGCUCCAGCCUUCACGGAGCUGAACCCCAUGCAGAAGUAUCUCGCCACGCGGUACGACGUGCCCGAUCACUGGUAUCCACGGCAACCGGAGAGACGCGCCCGCGUGGACGAGUAUACGGCCUGGCACCACACCAACACGCGGCCGCACGCCGCCAAAGUCUUCCAGCUGGAGGUGCUGCUGCCGGCCAGCAGCGGCGCCCCGCCGGACGGGCAGCGCCUGCAGGCGGCGCUGCGGCAGCUGGACACCACCCUGGGCCGGCUGGAGGCCGUGUUUCUGCGCCGGCAGCCAUUCCUCUGCGGACACGACGUCAGCCUGGCCGACCUGCUGGCCCUGUGUGAGCUCAUGCAGGUCAGAGGGGGGGGGCGGGGCCAGGAGGGCUCCUGGUCGGGGUGGGGGGGGCUGGGGGCUGGAGCAUGCUCAGCCUCGGGGGGGGGGGGUGGGCUCGGGGUCGGAGCAUGCUCCCUGUGUCCGCAGCCUCUGGGGGGGGGGCGGGACGUGCUAAAGGACCGCCCCCUGCUGUGCAGCUGGAGGGGCCGCGUGCAGGCCGCCACCGGCCAGGCCUUCCACGCCGCCCACGCCGUGCUGCUCGCCGUCGCAGAGCGCCGCCGGGCCCGGCUGUGA